UACUGAGACUGAAGGAAAGGAGGAGAAGAACAGGCGAUUCCAAUCAACGACGACGUUUUACAGGCAUAUUAUGGAAAAAGUUGAGCUAUGAAGAUCAGGUGGAGCAGCUUAGGGCCUCUGUUGAUUUUCUUGUGGAGCUUUGCGACACUGUUUCUCCGGUUAGAGGAACCUGCUGAAAUUUUCCUAUGUGCUCUAUAUCAUCACUGCUGUAUUGUAUUCACAUAUGUUGGGUGCCUUAUAUUUUUGCAGGCAAAGGAGGGCAAUUUUGCAAAUUGGUCUCACCAAACUUUGGACUUCAUUUUAGAGUCGCUUCAUAUUGACGACAAUUCUCAAUUCUGUAUUCAACACCUGAUCUGCAAGCUUGCAAGUGAAGCCUAUAUUGGACAGCGUGUCAUAUUCUCAGUAUCCCAAAGAAUUUCUGUAGUGGCAGAAAGCUUGCUUUUCUCAUAUCCAUUUGAUGUUGCUUUCCCCAGUAUGCACGAGUGCAUGUUUCUAAUGAUCCAACUUAUUGAGUUUCUAACAUCAGAUUACUUAUUAACCUGGUCAAACAGUGAAUUCUUCGAGUAUGUUUUGGGCUUUGGAAGAGUGGGUUAA